GUUGAAUACAACUACACACAUUUAACGGAGCUAAAAAAAACAGGAAAUCAAUGUUAUACCUAGGAAUCCUUUGAACUUCUUAAAACACGUUAACCGAAUCGAAUUGUGAAUAACCUUUUGCUCGAUUUACAACACAUCAAUUGUUGGUAAUAAUUAAUAUAAAGAUUAUCAUAAAGAGUAGGAUCGUGACCUUUAAUACAUUAAACGAGUUAUAUUGGUGUUUCGGUAACAAAUAAAUGAGACUUCUCUUCGAAACGACUCUUUCUGGUUCUUUUCUAAGGCAUUCAACAUCUUCACAUUUUGUGUAUACCUGUAUGUGAAAUAACUUACGAUAACCAGCUUAACCUGUCGAAUAUUGCCGAAGGAGACAUUUAAAUUAUUGCUUUUGAUGAAUAUUGUAUUGGUGGAAUUAUGCUAACGUCAUUGAAGCAAGUCGGCUGAAAUAUUUGGAUGUACAUAUUUUAAAAAGUUCUCUUCUGUGCAUUAGUGCUGACCUUUUCCUGGAGAUUUAAUUUACAAUGACUGAGUUAAACGUUGUUUUGGCAAAAUCAAAACGUAAAUUAUGUACUAUUAAAGUUUCCCAGCAAUCAACCAUAGCAGAUAUAAAAAAGGAAAUUGCAAAGCAACGUCCAGCCUUGUACAUUGACCGUCAAUCAAUUAGAAUACAAGACCCUGGAAAGAAUCAGCCAGACAAGGCAACAGUACAUGAAUUAAGUUUAAAAAAUGGAUCUGAAAUUUACCUUAAAGAUUUGGGUCCACAAAUUUCAUGGAAACUCGUAUUUAUUCUCGAAUACUUAGGUCCAUUGGUAGUUUACUUUAUAAUAGCACAACGUCCAUGGCUUGUUUAUGGAAAUACAUAUAAAACCAUUAAUGACUACUCAUUUGUUUACCAUGUUGCUCUUCUGUGUUGGUCACUCCAUUAUUUAAAAAGGUUAUUAGAAACAUUAUUUGUUCAUCGCUUUUCUCAUAGUACUAUGCCACUUUUUAAUUUAUUUAAAAAUUGUGGGUACUACUGGGGUUUUGCAGCAUAUGUGGCUUACUAUGUAAAUCACCCUUUGUAUACAUCUCCUAAUAUGUUACUAUUUAUAUUUGGACUGGCACUAUUUACAAUUUGUGAAAUUGGUAACUUGAGUAUUCACUUACUUCUUCGUGAUCUGAGACCACCAGGAACAAAGGAGAAGAAAAUACCAAAACCAAACAAAAAUCCACUGACCAAACUGUUUAAUUUUGUAUCAUGCCCUAACUAUACAUAUGAAUUUGGUGCCUGGUUAGGUUUUAGCUUAAUGACUUCUUGUUUGCCAGCAUUUCUCUUUACACUGGCGGGAAUGUAUCAAAUGACUGUGUGGGCUCUAGGAAAACACAAGGCUUACAAGAAGGACUUUCCCAGAUAUCCCAAGGAAAGGAAAGCUAUAUUACCCUUCGUUAUAUAAUUAAUAUAUUUUUAAGUAGUUUUUCUACUAAAUGCUAAAUUUAAUAUAAUACUGAAAUGGUUUGUUGUUAAUUUUUAAUAGAAAAACUAAAACUAUUUUAGUAUUGUGUUAAAUACAGUAUUUAUUGCAAAACCCCAUGAUUAAUAAGUAAACCUCGGUGGUGGAAGGAAGUCAUGUUUUUUAAAAUAGUUAUUGUUCACUGCUAAUGUGCCAUUAUUACUGUAAUUUAUAAACCAGUCUGGUUAAAUUAUUAUUUAUAAUUGCUGGACAUUUAAUUUUAAUUCCUAUUCAUUGGCCAGUUUUAUUAAUUUGUUGUUCUUAUUAUUGCAUUUAGUUAUAGACUGAUGUUAUUUGAUACUUGCCAUUCCACUUCCAAGAUUAGGAAAGUACUUAAAUUAGACUAUUUUGUGACUACUUCUAGGGAUCUCAGGGUUUUGGAAUAAAAAAACGACAAAAAAUGUUAGGUACUUGUUAUUUAUAGUCUUUAUUCAUAAUUGUAUGUGGUUUUGUAUUACUUGUGUUUGAAAGGUUACAAUAAAAGUUCUCAUAAAAUUUA